AUGAGACAAAUCACAGCCUGGGGCAGUGCAUGGCAAGUGAGAUUCGCCCCGCAAAAGACAAAGCUGCUCGUUGCCUCCAGGUCGAGGCCAGCCCUGCAACUCGACUUCAGUGGGGAAACACUAACGCCGCAGGACGAGGUGGAGGUGCUGGGGGUCACCUACGACCGCGAACUGACCUUCAGAACGCACAUUGAGCGGCUUGCCAGAGAGGCAUCGGGGAGGAUAUCGUGGCUCCUGGACAGCGAGGGACUAGAGCUGCUAUAUAAAACUCAAGUUAGAUCCUCGCUGGAGUACGCUUGCCUAGCGUGGGGAGGCGCGGCCCGCACGCACCUUGCUCUCUUAGAUAAAGUGCAGGAGAGGGCGGCGCGACUCAUUAAAGGCAAUAACACCGGCCAGGAGCCAUGCCUCCACACUCUUCAACACCGGAGGGACGUGGCGGGAAUCACCGUUAUGUAUAAGGUGCACGUGUGUCACGUGAGCCAUCUAGAGGCGCUCCGGCAGCCAUCCCGACUGGCUGAAGUGCACACCCGAGCUGUCACCCUCGCCCCCAAGGAACUCCUGCAGCCCCGAUGCAGAACGUGGCACCACCAGCGACAAUUUCACGGCAGUCUGGCGCACUCGACAGCAGGCGGCGACCGCCACCAUACACCCACACCAGGGUUAAGGGUGCCGCUACACCAAGCUACCUUGCUUGCCACCGCACCGUUCCUGCCCCUUCCUCUACACUGUCACCAGCGAUUUCGUGAAUAUAUAGCUCCUUGUUCACCACCACCAUCCUGGAGUUUAUAUAUCACCUACCUUCACUGGAGACAUGACACAACAACGUCCUUCGAACCGGAUCGGCGACUACAGUCUACCUGCACUGUAUCAAGCCGUCUGAACUACCGAAGUGUCGUGCGCCUCUCCCCUGCUGCCUGCACUGAGGUGUGUGUCGUGCGCUUCUCCCCUGUUGCCUGCACUGAGGUGCGUGUCGAGCGCCUCUCCCCUGCUGCCUGCUUUGAGGUGCGUGUCGAGCGCCUCUCCCCUGCUGCCUGCAAUGAGGUGCGUGUCGAGCGCCUCUCCCCUGCUGCCUGCACUGAGGUGCGUGUCGAGCGCCUCUCCCCUGCUGCCUUUACCGAGGUGUGUGUUGUGCGCCUCUCCCCUGCUGCCUUUACCGAGGUGUGUGUUGUGCGCCUCUCCUCUGCUGCCUGCACUGAGGUGUGUGUCGAGCGCCUCUCCCGUGCUGCCUUUACCGAGGUGUGUGUUGUGCGCCUCUCCCGGGAUGCCUUUACCGAGGUGUGUGUUGUUCGCCUCUCCCCUGCUGCCUUUACCGAGGUGUUUGUUGUGCGCCUCUCCCCUGCUGCCUUUAUGAAGGUGUGUGUUGUGCGCCUCUCCCCUGCUGCCUGCACUGAAGAGUGUGUAGUGCGCCUCUCCCUGUACGUACCGAGGUGUCUGUGUGUGAGAUGUGCCUUCCUUCUUCCCGCUACGCCCACUGUGAUACCGAAGCGACGUUUUGAGCAUUGCAUCGAUAUUGUGCUUACUUGUGCAAGAUGACUGAGGACACUGAAACCCUUAAGCGUCAAAGAACGGCAGCUCGGACGAAGGCUACUAAAAUAAUCCACGAUUUGCGGGUGCUAUGGAACCAGAAGAAAAAAGGCUGAUGCAGACGACCUUGCUUAUGCCAUUAACCUAGCAGUAGACCACUUCAAUCGUCUGAAAACGGUCCAAGAGGAACUCGACUAACAUGAUGUUUCUGACAACUCUCACCACCUUAAGGACAUGCACGAAAUUAAUCUUUAAAUCCAAACGUUUGCUCUCUCGUUUGGAUAAGGCCAUCAAAAAUAAGGAUAUUUUGCAUUCUUCACCGAACUUCUCUUGUGCCACCGCUAGACUAGUAAAUUGUCUGCCUACCUUUAAUGGAGAUGUACUUGCUUGGCCUGAAUUUUGGGAUCUAUUCAGGGUUGCAGUUCAUAACAACCCACAAUACUCUAACGUGGAAAAGUUUGUUCACCUCAAAGGACACGUUAUUGGAGAAGCAGCAAAGUGCUUACAAGGUUUAGCAACUACCAACGAUAACUACGAUGUUGCAGUCAACCUCUUGAAUCGAAGAUUUGGAAACGAAGCUUAUAGAAGAGAAUCCUUGAUGGCCAGCCUGCUGAACACUCCUCAUUAUAAGGAUGGAGAAAACCUGAGGUCUCUGAGAGAAUUCGUUGACGAACUCAUCGCGAAAGUCAGGGCUCUUGAGGUACUCAAUGUCUCCCAGGAUAGCUACAGUCAACUGCUCCUGCCUGUACUAAAGAGUCGGAUUCCUGAAUCUUGGAGACUACAAUGGUUACGUUACAAGGAUUCGAAAAAGGUUUCGGAUUCGGAUCUUCAGGGAUUUCUAGACUUUCUGGAUAAGGAAGUCACCAUCCGUUUAGAGUCUACUCAGCCACCCAUAGGAAAAUCCCCAAGCCCAGUGGCACUACCAUCAGCUGCAGCGCCAAUAACACCAAGGAAGAGCAUUACAAGUGUGCUCAGCCUUCA